AUGAUUGGUGAAGCUCUCGAAGUGGGUUCAGAUUCUCGCUAUCAGUGCUCGACUUCACGUACAAUUGCUAGUGGAGUUGAGACAGUCAGGCAGACCACUGAGGGGCCGGAACGCAGUUCUCCUGGAAACUCUGAGUCUCCCACCGACUCGGGCUCCGGAGACCCAUGCGAGGCCGCACUAACUACUAUCACAUUUAAGCACCCUGCGGAGAGUACAAUUGCUCGCUAUGCGCUCGCGCAGUGGAGGUUAUGCAGUCUUCCUAAGCGCGAAAGACGCUAA